AUUGGUUAGUCAAUUAGGUUUUGAAAGCUUAGAUUUCCACUUUUAAAUAUUUGUAUUUUUAUGGCGGUUACCCUUCAUACAUUUAUAAAGUGAAAAAUAGUUUUUAUUAUAAAAUAGUGCUUUCUUACUAUAAAUAAAUUAUUUACUAAAUAAUAUGGACUUAAAUAUAAAAUGCAAUUAUUAAAUUAAUUAUAAUGAAUACGAUAAAGUGGAAAAAAGUUGAAAAUGAGGCGGGUUAUCCGUGUUACAUCGACGAAACUAGUGGUAAGCAAAGUUAUGACCAUCCUCAGUUCCUUAAAAUUAUGGGUACCUUGGAGGAAUACAAUGACAUAAAGUAUAGCGCUUACCGAAUCGCUUUUAAACUAUUUGCCUUACAAAGGAACCUUCAAGUUCCUCCUCUGCGCAUCACUUCAGGGGUAUUUGCACGUCAUCAACUAAGUUUAUCGGAAAGCAGUUUGUCUCUGGAUACUGCAGAAUUGGAAGCUGUACUUGCUGAUAUUUACUUUGCAGCUGAGAAAGAAGGAUUGUUCACUGGAGAUGUAGAUUUGACUGUGGAUCUUUUGAUUAAUUUGUUACUAAAUGUGUAUGAUAAGGAUAGAAAAACACCUAUAAAAGUGUCAGCAGCUAAAACACUUUUGAUACUUUUAAGUGAAGAGCCCAUAGCAGAGAAAUGGCUAGCUCUUGCUAAUUGUUCUGCUGACCAUAAUGGCUGCGUAUCACCCAAAAGGUUGGCGGCUUUGUUAGUUCAUGUUAUGGCCUUACCCAAGUAUCUGGGCUGUCAGUGUGACUACCUACAGAGUGAUGUAGAUUCCUGUUUUGAAAAAAGCGCGGGCAUGCUGGGCGUGAGCGCGCGCUGCGUGUCGGCGUGGGGCGCGGCGCGCUGCGCCAGCACGCGCUGGCUGGGCGCGCUGCGCCGCGUGGCCGACAGCCGCCGCAGCGCGCGCGCCGGCCUGUGCGCCGCCUGCGGGAAUCCGCUCGUACAGGUAUUAAAAUUUAGGUGCUCAAAAUGUAGAAAUGUAAUUUUCUGUGAAAAUUGCUACUUGUAUGAUAAAGAUUUAUCAAGUGUUUCUGGACAUAAAAAGACACAUUUAGUUCAUGAAAUGAUCGACGGAGAGGUAAAACCUCCAGAGUGUCUUAGUUUUAUAAAGGGUAUGAAGAGAUUUUUUUUCUGCACGAAAACAAAGAAAAAAUCUAGCAAGAAAGGGCGAAAGAAUGGUGAAAAACUUGCCAAUCCUGUGAAACGAAAGGAGAGUAAGCCAGCAAUAUUUACUUCUACAGUGGGCAAGGCCUCUGGUAACAAAGCCAAUCCAGCCAUUACUUUACAAGAUGUUAUAACACAGUUGGAAAAUGAAAAUAAGGCUAUUAAAGAUCUCACAGAUCAAUUAGAAACUGCAGCUAAAAAUGACAAUAAUGAUUUAAAGGCGAAGGUUGAUGAACAUUAUAGACAAAUAUCGACACAGAUUAACAGACUUAAAAUGUUAAAGGACAACUUACUUAACACCCAAAAUCUUCAAGCAGACUCAAAAAGCGAUAAAAAUGAAAGGCCGCAGGCGUUUGACCUCUUUAGCCCCAUUCCAAUUGUCGAUGAGAAACAAUCAAAAGUGACCGAUAAUAUUAAAAAUCAACCACGAGUUCUCAGUAUGGACUCCGGGAACUUCUCGGUUGCCUCAAAACCAGAUAGUCAGAAUCUUUUGACAAUGUCUGGAGACGCGUUAAAGCCUGUAGUGGUUCACGCUACUUCGGACAGUAUAUCGACAGUAUCUAUGAAUGAUAUGAGCAAUUGGUACAAUGAAGCGGCCAGCUCCGGCUGCGCCCCGGGCGCGACCGUCUCCCGCUCCGCGCGUGACAUCAACGCCGAUCUCGACACCGUGCUGGACCGCCUGCAGCAGAUUCUAACGCACAACUUCGCCAUGGACGACUCGUGUUUUGACAACACCCAGCUGAGAGAGACGGCCAACGAGAUGGAAGGUCUGCUGGGCUCGCUCAUCCGCGGGGUGGAGCAGCGCGCCACGCUCACUGCCAAGGGACUUGUGUAGCCUUCUUACGGUUAUUUAUUCUAGUAGUCACUUGAGUUUAAAACGAUCCAGUAGUGAUUAAAUGUCCAGUUCAUUUGUUUGACAAAGAAUGCUCUAUAGCCUAAUCCAAUCGAAGUACGAAUAAAG